AUGGCUGAAGGCGAAUCUCUCCAUGACGGGCACACCUCUCUCCAGUUCAACGAUACACGAAGCCUGUUGGAUGUCGUAGACGGUCUUCGCUCACAUGGAAUCAGCCGAUACAUUGAUCUGCCAGAGAUCAUUGUGUGCGGGGAGCAAUCGUCUGGCAAGAGUUCGGUCCUGGAAGCAGUGUCAGGAGUUCGGUUCCCAAGCAAAGACAACCUAUGUACCAGAUUCGCGACCGAACUGAUUCUCCGACGCGGUCCCGUCGCGCCCAUCAGAAUCCGCAUCGUCCCCGGAUCCCAGGAAGGGCGCUCCGAAGCCGAAAAAGAGAAGCUACUGAACUUCAACGUCUCAGUUUCUGCGGAAGAUCUUCAACUCGGAGAUAUCAUCGAGUCGGCAAAAGAUGCGAUGGGUAUCAACGACAGCACCAAGGUCUUCAGCUCGGAUAUCCUUCGAGUGGAGCUCUCCGGCCCCGACCAACCGCACCUCACCCUCGUCGACCUCCCUGGAUUAUUCCAAGCCGGCAGCCGCUCGCAAUCUGAUGCAGACAGUGACACCGUCAAAUCUCUUGUGCUUUCGUAUAUGAAAAGCCCACGGAGCAUCAUACUCGCGGUGGUAUCCGCGAAGAAUGACUUCAAUAACCAGUCGAUUACUCGAUACUCGCGUGAGAUCGAUCCGAAGGGCAUGCGUACCCUUGGAUUGAUUACCAAACCGGAUACCUUGGACGAAGGCUCUGACAGCGAACGCUUCUACAUAGAGCUUGCGCAGAAUAAGGAUGUCAAAUUCCGGCUUGGGUGGCACGUUCUGCGCAAUCGCGAUUACCAGUCGAGAAACUCUUCUUCGCAGGAACGCAACAAUACCGAGGCCCAAUUCUUCUCUUCGGGUGUCUGGAGAUCUCUCCAUACUAGCCAAGUCGGGAUUCACAGCUUGAAGCCCAGACUCAGCAAGAUCCUCAAGGAUCACAUUCUGGCACAGUUGCCUGAUGUUGUCGCUCAGAUUCAGGAUGGGAUUCGGGACUGUACCGAGAGGUUGGAAGUACUGGGUGCUUCGAGGGCCACAGCGCAAGAGCAACGGCGAUAUCUCUUGCAUGUCAGCCAUUCAUUUACCAGUCUCGUCAAAGCUGCGAUCGACGGUCUAUACUCGGAUCCUUUCUUUGGAGAUGCCUCCACUAGAGAGGGCUAUCAUAAGCGUCUGAGAGCUGUCCUUCAAAAUCAGCUGACGGAUUUUGCAGAGGUGAUGCGUACGGAAGGUCACAAACACGUUAUCGUCGACGAAGUUGUAGCCAUUUCGCGCUUUCGCCAAGUCUCUCGAUCAGACUAUAUCUCCAAGGUCAAAAAGCUCCUCGAACGGAGUAGGGGAAGGGAGCUCCCCGGAACAUUCGACCCGCUCAUUAUCGGGCAACUCUUCCAGGAACAGCGCGAACCGUGGGCGCAGUUGAUAGACUACCAUAUGAACGAAAUUGUUCGCGCCGUCUACAGCGUCGUGCGUACGGCCUUAGCACACGUCUCCGACCAUUCCACCCUCCAAGGCAUCUUGAGACGCUUCAUCAACGACAGGUUGAAAACGUUAAUAACAGAACUCCGAGACAAGGUCCAAGAAAUCCUCAAGCCCCACGUCACCGGCCACCCAAUCACGUACAACCACUAUCUCACCGAGUCCGUCCAGAAAGCGCAAGGGAAGCGUCGGAUGCGCGAAAUCAAAAAGUCUCUAGGAGAAGUGCUUGGCGCUGAUUACACGGAUCAUGGCCUGGUCAACAUCAACAUCAACGUGAACACGUUGAUCAACACACUCGUUAAUAAAACCGAAGCCGACAUGAACAACUACGCGAGCUCUACUGCCACAGACUUCAUGGAAGCCUACUACAAGGUCGCUCUGAAAAAGGCCAUCGAUGACUUCAGCGUGCUCGCCGUUGAGGCGUGCCUUAUCCAGAAGCUCCCGACCUUGUUCUGUCCGGAAGACGUACUUGACAUCGACGACGCAACGGUGGCGGCCUUGGCCUCUGAAGACGAAGAGGCUUCAGCGGAGAGAGCGCAAUGUAAUGAGAAGCUCAAAGUUUUAGAAGAUGGGUUGAAGGAGUUACAAGGCGUCCAAGAAUACUCGUUGGGCUUUAAAGGUAUGAGGCAAGGAACUGUCCGCAUAGGAGAAUGGGUACUGAUAUUGAUGUAA